UGAUACUUGUUAUUACAUCUGAUACGGUAACCAUCGAAAUUUGUAUUACGAAUUCUAUUUUCACGGUCUAUUAUUUCAAUAAAUAUAGUUUGUUUAUCAUAAAUCUAAUAUUUGUCUGUGGAAAGUAAUGGUGAAUGGAGUUUUAAAUCAUGGGAUUCUGUUGUUGUGUACCCAACUGUCGCGGGAAUUAUCAGAAGACUUCAAAAGUUUUUGUAUUUUCUUUUCCGAAAGAUGAAACUUUGAAAAGAAAAUGGAUACAAGCGAUAAGAAGGAAGAACUUUAAUCCUACAAAAUCUUCAAAGGUAUGUGAAAAGCACUUUGAUGAUAGGGAUAUCAUCAAAGUAGUAAGAGCAUACAACGAGCAUGGAGAAAAUCUGGAAGCCAAACUCAAUAGAGUCAAGUUGAAAGAAGGUGCAAUUCCCAGAUUCUUUCCCAAUUGCCCAAAACAUUGGUCAACUAAAUAUUCUUCAAGAGAAAGUGCUGAAGAGAGAAGAGAGCGUCAAGAAAACUAUCAGUUGAAUCAAGCAAUUCAGAAAAGUUUGCAAUCAAAGAAGAAAUACGAUGAUGAAUUUAAAUUUAAAAGUUUUUUUGAAUUAUCAAAUUUAGCGGAUUCAGGUUGUUGGCCAUUGGGAGAUUACAUUCAAUUGAGCACUGUGAUUCAACAGCAGACUUCAUCAAGUUCAUUUCGAAGUGGUGGAGAAUUGUGA